AGUGCAUACGUGCCAGAAGCCAGGUCCGGUACCGCGAGGAUGGCAGUUCAGCAAGGUUCCUCCCGCUUCCUCCUCGUCACCUCAGCGCAUCUACCUGACUCAUGUCCGCGGAAAAGCCUUACUGCCCGCUUUACAGAUGGGAACAUCGAGGCCUGCGGAGAAGGGUCUCAACUAACGACCUACAAACCCCUUAUAUGACUGUCCCCCAGACAAAACCCUCAGCUCGUGUCUAGUUUCCCCAAGACAGUAGGGUCAGGCCUCAGGAGUGGGGUGGAAGCUGACCCACUCUCUAUGCCCCCAGUAUUCCCCCUUUCAGGUGUGGUGCAGCAGUAUGCCUGGGGGAAGACAGGUUCUAACAGUGAAGUGGCUCGGCUGCUGGCCAGCAGUGACCCGCUGGCCCAGAUCUCAGAGGACAAGCCAUAUGCAGAGUUGUGGAUGGGGUGCCAUCCCCGGGGAGAUGCCAAGAUCCUUGACAAUCGCAUCUCACAGAAGACCCUAGGCCAGUGGAUCGCUGAGAACCAGGACUGCUUGGGCUCAAAGGUCAAGGACACCUUUAAUGGCAAGCUGCCCUUCCUCUUCAAAGUGCUCUCGGUUGAAACUGCCCUGUCCAUCCAGGCACACCCUAACAAGGAGCUGGCAGAGAAAUUGCACCUCCAGGCUCCACAGCACUACCCCGAUGCCAACCAUAAGCCAGAGAUAGCCAUUGCCCUCACCUCCUUCCAGGGUUUAUGUGGCUUCCGGCCAGUUGAGGAAAUUGUGACGUUUCUGACAAAGGUGCCCGAGUUCCAGUUUCUUAUUGGAGAUAAUGCAGCAACACAGCUGAAGCAGAGCCUGAGCAGUGACUCCCAGUGUGUGGCCUCUGCUCUGCAGAGCUGUUUCUCCCACCUGAUGAAGAGCGAGAAGAAGGUGGUGAUGGAGCAGCUCAACCUGUUGGUGAAGCGGAUCUCCCAGCAAGUGGCUGCUGGAAACAACAUGGAGGACAUCAAUGGGGAGCUCUUGCUGCAGCUGCAUCAGCAGUAUCCAGGUGAUAUUGGAUGCUUUGCCAUCUACUUCCUGAACCUGCUUACCCUGAAGCCAGGAGAGGCCAUGUUUCUGGAGGCCAAUGUGCCCCAUGCCUACCUGAAAGGAGACUGUGUGGAGUGCAUGGCGUGUUCAGACAAUACUGUUCGUGCUGGCUUGACACCCAAGUUCAUCGAUGUGCCAACUCUGUGUGAAAUGCUCAACUAUACCCCCAGCAAGGACAGGCUCUUUCUUCCAACACAGAGUCAAGAAGACCCCUACCUCUCUAUCUAUAACCCCCCUGUGCCAGACUUCACUGUCAUGAAGAUGGAGGUCCCUGGCUCCAUCACUGAAUACAAGGUUUUGGCAGUGGACUCGGCCAGCAUCCUCCUGAUAGUACAGGGAAGAGUGACAGCCAGCACUCCCACAGCCCAGACACCAAUCCCCCUGCAGCGUGGUGGGGUGCUCUUCAUUGGGGCCAAUGAGAGCGUCUCACUGAAGCUCACUGUGCCCGAUGACCUGCUGAUGUUCCGAGCCUGCUGCCUGCUGUAGAGACCACAGCCUGUCUGGCUCUCCUCCGACAGUUACCCUAAAUCCUAGCCAGCCUCUCAGGCCCAGCUCAAACCCUUCCCUGUUCUGGACUUGGGUGUGCCCUGGAAGAGCUGGGGGAGAGUAGCAAGCUUGAAGGUAGUGCCUCCUGAGCAAGCCUAGGACAAACCGUCAUCUUUCUCUUGGGAGAAGGACCCCGAUGAGAACUAAGAGCAGACACUCCCCUUGUAUUCUCACCAUACCUCAGCCAGGCUCUCCUCAAGGCAGGAGGCAGCAGCUGUUCCAGCUUAUGGCAUUAAGCAGGCUGCUAAAAUCUAGUACUAUUUCAGCAUCACUCACAGCAAAAGGAUAGGCCAUUUCUAAGAACAGGGUUCUGGCCCUGGGACUGCCCAUUUCCUCAAAUGCAAAGGAAGGAAAAGAGUAGGCCUAUGGACUCAUUACUCAUUGCCACCCUCUGACUCUGUCAAAGCAAUUAAAGAUCACUGUGUUGAGGCUGAUGGAGAGCAGUCAACCUUUACUGUUGAGGAUAGAGCCCUUUCUGGAUGUCCAGUUUUUGCUUUAAUUUCUGCGUCUAAGAGCUCCCUGUGGAGGGCAGGCUGGACUUCAGGGCCCUUUUAUAGGAAGGGCAGCCGGCUUCAGCCUUAGAUGCAGAGCUUGCAGGCAGGCCUUGAGUCCUACAUAUGGGGAAGGUGGAUCUAAAGACAGGUACUGUCAGUGUAAGAUUCUCCUCUCCAAUGUUUCAGUUGGCCUUAGGGCCAGGAUCAGCAUGUUAAGGCCAGCAGACUGGAGCUGGCCACACUUGUCAUUUACAUACCAUCCAGCUGCUUUCAGGCUACAGUGGCAAAAUUUAGUAAAUGCACCAGACUGUAGGGCCUGCAACACCAAACAUACGGACCAACCCUUCCGAGUUUGUCAGCCACUUCUCUAGAGCACAUUCAGUCACUGUAUACACAGGGAUUUGGGGUCAGGGCAAUCCAAUUUGUGUUGUGAAGAGAAACCUAGCUACUUUUUCUAAACUGGCAGGAAAUACAUAGAGCGUCUGCUCUUCCCGUGCCUACCCUCCUCUAGUCUGCAAGAGGUGGCACAGCUGUCGGUUCUGCCACUGAAGUACCUGACUGCAGUCCGAGAUCCUGUCUGCAGUCCGAGAUCCUGUCACCUCAGACUUAGCAGAGAGCCAGGCUGUUGGCUCCUUCCUGUGGGGUAAGGGUUUAGACUAGCACAAAAGGAUCUUCUUGGGCUACUGCCCACACUAGACCUCCUAUACAAUGGAAAUCUAGGAAACUACCUUCAAAAAAGUUCUGGCCAAUCUGU